AUGGCGCUUCCUAUUCGGUAUAUCUUUGCUAUCGCAUCAUUGGGAUUGCUGUCCGCUGGCAUAUACGACUACCUAAAGAACUUUGAAGAAAAUGGAUGUGAAAUGACAUGGAUGUUUGAAUAUCCUAAAUAUAUUAAAAUUCAUAUGGACGAUAGAGUAGCACGCAGAUUUCCUCAGUAUAGGCUUCACAUAUAUGGAGAGGGAGAAUAUGCAAGAAAAGUUAGUUCCUUGAAGCUAACUGGCAUUCCUGUUCUCUUCAUUCCUGGAAAUGCUGGUAGUUAUCGCCAAGUGCGAUCCUUGGCGUCAGUGGCACUCAGGAAGGCCGAGUCAUCUCGCACAAAGUUUGAAUUCAACUACUUCUCAGUAAAUCUUAAUGAGGAGCUGGUUGGACUAUUUGGGGGGCUGAUUCAAGAUCAAACAGAGUUUGUCCAUGAGUGCAUCAAGCUGAUCCUGAGUUUCUAUGCUGGAGCACCCAAACCCCCAACGUCUGUCAUCCUGGUGGGACAUUCCAUGGGAGGACUAGUAGCUAGAGCCUUGUUCACCCUGCCUACAUUUGACCCGAGACUGGUGACCACCAUCAUCACACAGGCCACCCCCCACCAGGCCCCAGCUAUUGCCAUUGAUAGUCUGCUGAACAGUUUCUAUGAUGAGAUCAACACAUACUGGCGUCUCCAUGCCAACAGUACUCUCCGUGACGUCACAGUCGUCAGUACAGGUGGCGGGUACAGAGACAUCCUUGUCAGGAAUGGCCUCACAACUCUCAAAGGGGUUGUGAGUCAGCACAGAGGAGUCAGUACAUCAACAAUGUCGGUACCCAAGGCCUGGGUUUCAACAGAUCAUCUGUGUGCUGUAUGGUGUAGACAAAUGGUUCUGGUGACUAAGAGAGCCAUGUUUGAUAUAAUCGAUCCUAAUACACACCAGGUGACUACAGAUGCUGACAGAAGGAUGAGAGUGUUCCGACACCACUUCCUGACAAACUCAGGCAGUCAGAAACACCGGGAAAAUAUUCCAGGGGAGCUAACUCUUGAUCCAAAGAUUCCUUGGGAAGUCAAACAGAACAAAUUGUUCAGAUUCAGUGCUGAAAAAAUGUCAUCCACCAAGUAUUUCGCUGUUCCUGUGAUUCGGGAGACGGAAGAAUCCGCAGUGGAGAUAGACUCUGUCAUCAUCAUGAGCAACAUUACUAGACAAGACUGGGUGUGUGCAUGUACCUUGAAGGAGAAACAAGACAGAUGCACGAGCUGCAUCAAUCUUUCAGCCAAAGCCCAGUCUCUGCCUCCCAACUACUCCAAUAAAAAGGUUAUAAGAAUGUACUUAAAGGAACUAGGGGAGGCAACUCAUAUUGUUGUCAUUGCAGCUCACUCAAAUCAGAAGGUGGAAGUGGUGGUUGAGCAAUACCCAAUGAUAGAACGCCAUCUCAUAUUCAACCUGCCUGGAAUAUACUAUUACUUUAUCAUAUCCUACCCGGUCAGUGUGCUGGACAUGGCGGCCAUGUUGCAGAUACGCAAUGACUCUGUGUACUACAGUCUACAUCUAACCGGACUUGACGGGCCAAUGAGGGCUUACACUGCGCACAUCACACCUCGCAGGUGUCGCAAACUUCAUGCAGCUGAGUAUGAAGGGAUUGUGUACACUCUGAAUGUACCCUGGAGUAAUGAAAGCACAUAUGGAUUCAGCAAGUUCCGAGAGACUGGACAAUUCCCAGUGAAGGUGCAGAGCGGCAAGCCGCGGGAUGCUGAGGAUGAGGCAGUUCAUCUGGAGAUGUUCCUCCAUCCAUCCUGCUCAUACCACCUGAAGCUGACCACGUCACCUGUACAUGUCAUGGGGCAG